CGUGUCAUUAAACAGAAACCAUCACAACAACAACAACAACAACAACAACAACAAUAGUACCAAUAAUAACAACGUCGUGCGUUGGUAUUCUGGCUGGAAGAUGGCGACCGGAGCAGGCUGGCAGUCCCCGUACACCAGCUCGUACACCACGUCGUACACCACCUCCUCGACCAGCAACCCCACGCGCAUGUUGUACGAGGGGAACCUGACGCUGGACUACACGCAGGACCUGCACAUGAAGAUGAGCAAGAAGAUUGCGCAACUGACCAAGGUGAUUUAUGCGCUCAACACCAAGAAUGAUGAACACGAGGAAGAAAUCAAGUCUCUCAAAGAAGCCCACGAGGACGAGGUCCAACACAUUGUCACUGAAACUAGAGACAAGAUCCUGCAGUACAAAAGCAAGAUGGCUGAUGAGGCGGACCUGAGACGACGGCUGGCCAGUCUGGAGGAGUCUGUAGAACUUCACGAGCACAUGAAGAGACAGGCUCUGGCAGAGUUUGAGAUGUACAGACAGAGAAUGGAAGAUUCUCAGCUCUGCACCGAGGCCCAGCAUACGCAGAGAGUGGUCUCUAUGAGCAGAGAGGUGGAGGAGAUGCGGAGAGAUUUUGAAGAGAAACUGCGAGCCUUCGGACUGGCACAGGCCCAGUUUGAGACUGAUAAACGGAGAGCGCUGGAGGAGCUUAGAGCCAACCACAGACAAGAAGUAGAGGAGCUACUUAACAACCAGCAGAACCAGAGUGCCAGCUCCACUGAGGACCAGGAGAAAUUGGCCGAACUCCAUAGCCAAGAGGUAGAAUCGUUGAUGGAGAGAGUGGAGGAGCUGUCUAAAGACAAAGUACAUCUGGUCGAGGAGUAUGAAGCUAAGCUGGCUAAGGCUCAGGAGUAUUAUGAGAGAGAGCUGGAGGCUAUGAGGCGCACACACCAGCUAACGGCAGAGAACCUGCUGGCUUGGAAAAGGACGGAGGUUGAGCUUCGUAAGGAGUUCCAGGCCCAGGAGGCAGCUCUCCAGCGCUCCCUGUCCAAACUGAGGACUGAACUGCAGAGAGCCCAGGAGGAGGCCAGGGAGAACAGAGACAAGACCAACAGACUACAAACAUCACUCACCAAUGCUGAUGGAACCAUUAAGAACCUCCAUAAGCAGCUAGAAGAGGCCAUCCAGGAUGGAGAGAUCUGGGUGAUGCAACUGAAGGACACUGAAUACGAGCUGGAGGGCAGCAGGGACAGGGUUCAACAACAAGCUACUGAGAUACUACACAAAGCCAGUCAGAUUGGUUCCUUACAAGCCACCCAGAUGUCCCAUGAAGCCACCAUCAGAGACCUGGACCAGGAGCAAAGUAGGCUGAAGGAGAAAAUAAGCAGGCUGGAGGAGGAAAGAGAAAUGCUGCUCAACCAGAGCCAAGCACACGACGAGCAGCACAAACAACAAGUAUUGAAACUGGAACAGUCUCUGCGAGAGGAACACCAGGAUUAUGAGAAGGAGCUCUCCAGGCUGAGGGCCCGCUAUGAGGAGGAGGCACUUCGCUUCAAGGAGAACCAGGUCAGAGCUCUGGAGGAGAUGGAGGAGAAACACCAGGCCAUGAGGGAGGAGGCCCAGCAGGAGAAAGAGGAGGAAAAAAAGCUGCUGGUGGCAGGAGGGGAUGUUAGCAACUGCGGCUCCACCAGCUGCGAUGGGCCCGGCCAGUUCUUCUAA